AUUUCAUAUUCCCUCGCGAAUAAAUCUGGUGCGCUCGCACGUGCUUGGCAGGGUUAUAAGGCUCUCGCACAUCACAACCCGUUAUGCAAGAAGUUUGUGCCUUCAUUCGACAAUGUUUAUGACUGCAUUGUCACCGCCACAAACAAUUUCAACAGGCUCCUUCGUGGAGCAAAUCAGGAUAUGAGUAUUGUCAGUUUCAC